UGUAAACAUAACCCCCCAGCCCCCGUUGACACUGAAAUUCCUGAGGGCGUGAAUGCCCCUGGACUCAUGUUUUUAAUUAAAUGAUAAAUGAAUAAUAAUGUUUGCUUUAUUGGGUGAUAUAAAUCUCUGGAGCUGCGAUGACAAUAUUAAUAUCCUCGACACAGACUUCGGAGCAUUCAGGUACAACGACAGAAGGACUGAUGGCCUCUACGACGAGGGAAAGAGAUCCUUCUGCAACGAUCGUGGUAUCAUCCACACCCCAGUGAAUAAAAAAGGAAAAAAAUUGAAAGACGGACUCAAGUGUUUAGAGGAACAAUUAAGAGAUCACUCGAUCAUCUUCUCAGAGUGGCAUGACCAGAACUCUCUUCAACUGAUGCUCAACACAGGAUUACUAAUGUAUAUUCAGGUGAAAUCUCAGACUGCUGAUAUUGAAAAAAUUGCUAUGGACAAGUACCUCAUUGGAAAAGUGCCAGAUCAUCUCUCAGAUGCCAUAAUAACGAGAGAAAAUCUCGUCUGUGCGCAAAACGACAGUCAGAUCACAAUUUUGCAUUUCACGAAAUCGAAGAGACUGGGUUUCGAAAAAAUCGGAAAAUUGGAGCCCAAACUGAUCACUGUUGACCUCUCUGGACCCAGUGGGAGGAGAAUUGAGAAAAAAAUUUGUGUCAAUCGAACAGGUGACCUGGUAUUGAUCUGGUGGAAGUCGACGAGCAACGACGUCUAUCCCUGGAGUCCAGCGAUGAAAGAGCACGACAGAGCUAACGUCCACCUCUAUCGUCUCAGAGGAUUGAAAUUCGACUUGCUCUGCUAUCUCAGGACGGAGUUCGAUCCUCUCUGCAUCAUAUUCAACUCAAAACAGGAGAACGUCAUCCAUUCCAUCGAGCAGAAGGUGUCGAGGAAGGGAGAAGUUACUAUAGAAUGGCAGACGUACCAAGUCUCACAACAGGAUAAAUUGCAGAGGAUCGCAGUCGUUUCGAUUCCACUGCCGACGCACACGAGUUGCGCCAGAUUUUCACCAAAUCAGGAACUACUCCUGUUGUGUUGUAUCGAUGGAUCUAUCACCCUUCACGAUCACAAUAAGGGGACUAAUACAAGCGUCAAGGCUGGAUUUAUACCGACUCUAGCAUCCUGGCACCGUGACAGCUUUUUAUUUACCGUUGGAAAUGAGCGAGGGCAGUGUCAGCACUACGACAUUGCCCUCACCUGCAUAAAAACCCAAAUAUUGAACGAGGACUUGACACAGUCGACGAUCCUGGAUCUUUCCACGUACUUCAGGAGUCAGCCUGCCCUCUUGCAGAUAUCCUGGAGCAAAAGGCCCGACGACGAUGUUUACUAUAACGAUCGAUACAAAAAUCGAGAUUCCCUCCUUCUUCUUUCCUUCGAGAGGGGCCCACUGGGGGCCUUACGAAUCGUGGAGGGCAGUAAUUUGAGUGGAGACGUUCUGGUAUUCAAGUAUCUCAAUUUAUCAUCACCAGAUCGUGCUACUUCUCUCCUCCUGUCCAUGAAUUGGGACAAUCAUCCUAGGAUCUGCAUGCACUCGUUGAAUCAAAUUCUCAAUCAUCUUUUUAAGCUCCAGCUGCUGCCAGAACGUGAGAGUCUCAUUCAGGAGGCACUUGGUAGCUUUCACGUGCCGAUUCGUCCGAUAAGUCAAGCUGUGGAGGACGAGUACGGUGACGAGAUCAGAGAUCUCACUCGACGAUUUUUUCACCACCUGAUGCGAUACAAAUUAUUCGAUAAGGCAUUCAGACUUGCCAUCGAUCUCAACGAUCACGAUUUAUUCAUGGACAUUCAUUACUACGCCCUCGUCGUCAAUGAUCUGGAGAUGGCGAGAGCUGCCAAGGAAAAGGCUGAGCUCGUCCUCAGCAGAUCAAACAGCUGCACUAGCUCGCAUUCCACCUGUUCAAGGCCAUCGUGUUCUCUCUGCUCGGAGUCCAUUUCCUCGAACGAGAGUGAAUCGUAUACUGAGGAGAGUGGAAGUGACUCUCCAAGAAGAUGCAAGAAAUUCUCGAAAUCCCCUCUGUCCCAGGUGCCUCCUCUUCCAAUAAUUCCCCAGGUCUCCACGUCCUUUAAUUUGCCCUCUCCUCAGAGAUGUCCCCUUCCAAGUCUCUACGACUUCCCCGAGGUGAAUUCCUCCCUGACGCGAAUGUCCUUGACCUCUAAUUCCCCAUCGAGAAGAGCCUUCUCACCCCCCAGGACUCCUCCAAAGCUGGAGGACAUCAUCUCCGUGGAUAUUCCCAAUUCAAUCGAGUACUCUUUCAUGAACCUCGAGACAAACCUGACGAGCACUUCAUUUAUCUCCGAGGGGAGCCCCCCGAAGCCCCUGAGGGGUGCCGAGGAGGUUUUAAAGGGACGCGAGAAGUCCCAGGAGCUUCUAUUCACUUCUGAGAAUCUCGUGUCGACGUCCUUCAAUGAGGAACCCGACGAGGAGGAGGUCCCUGAUGAGGAUACGGAUCUGUUCGAGGAGGAGUCCAUUGGGAAUGGAAUUGGGGUGCCUCCACCCCCGGAGAUGACGUCCUCUUUGGCGAAUUAUCUCAGUAAUCUUCCUAUGAAGAAUUUACCCAUCUCCAGGAGCACUCCAGGGCUCUCUGAUAUCGAUGAACUCAUCAGGUUUUCCUCGCGGCCUCUUCAGGGAGUGCAAACUCAGUCCUCGGUGUCUGCUAUUCUACAGGGGAGGGGAAGGGUUCCUCCAGGAGGCAGCAGGACCAUCAGGUUUAAUUAUGAUCUUGGGGGGGACGUGGGGAGAUUCUCGGGGAGUUGCGAGGAUCUCGUGAGGACCACAGGUCACUCCAGGGGCAGGGGCAGAAGGCGACCUGAAGGAAUUUCAAAUGUUCCUCCACUGCCUGUCGUCGCGGGCAGAGGAAUCGACGGAUUUGGGGAGAGGCCCAAGGUCAAGUUCUCCAAUACUGUGACGCAUAUUCUCGUGCCAGGAACUGGACAGGGCUAUCGACCUAUACAGCGACCUGUGACGAAGCUCCAUCCCAUGGAUCCUAAGAGAGAACUUGCAGAGAGUCUACCCCUGUGUCUUGGAAACGAGGACUACCUGAAGGACUUUCAGCCACUCUCAAAAGACUCCGGAAACGAGGAUAAGCCAAAAGAACCGGUAAAAACCGAAGAGACAGUGAAAAUCAAAGUUGUGCACUUCGGACUCCUGUGAGCACCUCAUCAGGGAAUGAAUAAUAUUUUUAUCGAAUCAUCGGAUUCCGUCCAAAAAUAGAGAUUACCGCACCCCAAAUGGGAUGAUAUUUUUUAUACUUUUUUAAACGAAAUAAAAUGGAAUAUUCUG